CAUAUUACAUCCCAUUCACACACACAUUUACACAUUCUCAUUCUCUCUCAACAAAAUAAAAAAUGGAUAUUGAAACAAACCAAGCAAUGGUAGUUACAAAGAAAGUAUGGAACACACUACGUAUAAUUUUGUUCAUGUUUACAAAAAACAUUGCCAAAAGCAAAAUGGUAGCACAAUUAAAUCUCUUGCUAAAACGUGGCAAACUCGCCGCUAUCAAAGCCAUAGCCAACACUCUCACUCUCCGCCACCACUCGUCCGCCUCCUUUGUCUCUCCCCACGACUAUGAGUUCAGCUGCAGCAACAGCCCCGCGUUCAUUAAAUUCCACAACAAAAAUAAAAACCACCACCAUGGUCGCCACCGCAACGAUGUUUCCACCAUUCAAAAGGUUCUUGAAAUCCUCAAUGAUGUUGAUGCUUCUUCAUUUUCUUCUCCUUCUCCUUUAGUGACAUUUCCUGGAUUUGGAAAAACUCCCAUUGGGAAAAAAAUUAGAGUCACUGAUUCGCCAUUUCCUCUAAAGGUAGAUGAAGGUGAUGAUCAUAGUUAUGUUGAUGUUGCAGCGGAAGAAUUUAUUAAAAGGUUUUAUAAGAAUCUUAACUUGCAAGAGAAAUUAGUGGCUUUUCAAUCACCUUACACCAACCGCGACAGAUAGAACAUCAUUAGUCUAGUCAAAUAUCGACGGUUGAAUUGAAUUGAUACUCAGAUUCAAUUCAAUUAAUGAGAUUUGACUGGACUAAUGGAGGGAUAAACAACAUUGGACUAGUUUUUAUUCCAUCUAUUUAAUUAGACACAUGUUACAACUUUUUCUUUCUUUUCCAUAUGUAUAAGCGCCUUAUACAUUUUACUACUUUGUUAAAAAGUCACGUGAUGAUGGUUUUGAUAUCAUGUGAUCAUGGUUUUUCUUUGCCCCCUCUUGGAUCAUGGUUUUUCAAGAUGGAGAGGUGAUGGUGGUGCUUAUGGUGUUGGUCUUUUUGUAAUUGAACAGUGUUAAAAUCACAUUAUGGUUUUGGAGCUA